GCCAGCCAUCUAUAAUCAGCAGAGGAGGAGCUGCGUCGGCGCCGGCCCUCUUGUGUCACCCUCUCCAGGUGGAUACGUUCGGUGCGCUUCACCAUGGCACCCAGCUCCAGCAUCAGAGUGUUGGUGACUAGUUCUUCUGCAGUACGCUGUCCAGGCACCUUCGGCUCCAGAGAAAACACUGCUGACCAGGGGAACAUCUAGGGAUGGGACCAAUACAAGUUCUUGAAACUGUUUUCAUGCUGCAAAUUCAUGCUAUACGAUACAGGAUAUUAAUACAAAACAUUUUUGAAGUAAAUGUUUUAUGCAUCUUAAUUGUUUAAAUGUGUUCUUAAAUCUUAAUCAGAUAAGUGCUUCAUUCGGUAAAGAAACAUACCUGGGGAUACUUGAUUGAGAGAACUGCAACUACAGUCCUGAUUUCAUCCAAGUGGUGGUUGAAGACGAGCGUGACAAUCCUGGCUAGAGAACGAUUCUGAAUAUUUUCCUGUCUUGUUCGUCUGAGGGACGUUGCCGCGUCUGAGGGACGUUGCCGCGUCUGAGGGAAGUUGCCUCUCCUAAACACGUUAUUAUUUAUUGUCAAGCAGUAUUUCCAAGUAACUUUGUUGCUAUGAUCAGUUGUAGCUAAAUACUGUAAACAGUUUUGAACUUUGAGCUGUGAAUUGCACUAUGGCCUCUACCUAGAAUGAAGGAAGGUUUAAAAACAGCAUGUUACUUGGCAUACCUUUCAUUCGAACCACAAUGGGAUUGUUGUCACACUAGAGAAAGACUGAAACAAUAGUUUUUGCAAUGCCAGCCAUACAUAAGCCAGAGGAGCUGUCUCAACCUUAGGCUCCUCCAAAAGUGAAAACAUGCACACGGUGUUGUGUAGAACAAUACACAUAAGACUAAACACUCAUUUAAGUUGGAUUUGAAUCCAGCAUGCCUACUGAAAAGUGGCUUGUCCCUGAAGAAGGCUGUCUGUGUUGUGUUAAUGUGCUGGUGGAAACUGACAAGCUUGGUUACGCAGUUGAAACGAAGGCAAGCUGUGAGAUAGAUUGAAGCAUGUUCAGAUGUUUCUUUGUCCUAUUUGUUCUACUUUAUUCAACAUCACUGUCUCUUUCUAUUCCAGCCUUAACUUCCUGGGGCAUAUUGGUCUUACCAGGCUGGUUCUCCAGUGUACCCUGGUGUCUGAGAGAUCUACCCUGAUCGGGAGGCGAUGAGCUGGGCAGAGGAGGACUGGACGGUGGGCCUGCCUGGCCGGGCCCUGCAGAAGGUCAAGGAGCUGCAGGUCCAGCAGGAGAGGCUGAACAGAGAGAGACAGCAGAAACAGCUGCAGCUGGACAGCACGCAGACCUCCCUCAACAAACAGACUGUCAAGUAUGAGGAGGUGCGCGGGGAGCUGCAGUGUGUACAGAGGGAGUUACAGGGGGCUCGUGAGGAGGUGCAGGCAGGUGUCUGUGUGCGGGAGCGUCUCUCUCAGGAUCUCCAAGUGAAACACACCCAGGUGUGAUCACUGGAGGGACAGCUGGGCUUGGCACGAACUCUCACACACACCCUCGAAAAGGAGGU